AUGGCGAUGGCGGGGCCUCGACCGGUGAGCGGCUCCGCGCGCGGCCAGAAGGCGCGAGCUCACCACCCGCCGCUCCGCCACCCGCCAAAUCCCGGCAGGCCUCGCGCGCGUGACGCGUUCCGCCGCGCCGAUUGCCGCUUCCGCCUGCGGGAAGAGGGGGAAGGGCAGGGCGGCGGGGAGCGCUCGGGGGAGCGCUCGGGGGGGCGGGUGGGGCCUGUCUGCAGGUGGUGCGCCUCGGCCUCUCUGAAAGGGGGGUUCCGGGAGGAGGCGGCAGACAACGCCAUUCAGAAGCUGGCAGACAGUCACCAGUGGGGUUCCCCAGGGCUCCAUUUAGGGUCAGUGCUCUUUAAUGUUUUUAUAAAUGAUCUGGAUGCAGGAAUGGAAUGUACAUUAAGUGAGUUUGCUGAUGAUACUGAACUAGGAGGAGCUAUGGACUCCCUAAAGAGCAGAGAGGCCUUACGGAGAGAUCUGGAUAGACUGGAGAGCUGGGCAGUCACCAACUGCAUGAAAUUUGAUGAGAGCAACGAUAAGCAGGAAAUGGGAACUGUUGUGCAUGACUGCAUAGAGACCAUUGAGGCUGUGUAUGCUAACAGGCCUGACUUGAAGGAGGAGCCGCUGGAGGAAGCUGAACACACUUGGUAUACCGACGGGAGCAGUUUUUUGCCUUCGGCAGUUGCAAUUAUGCACUGCAAAGGGCACCAAAAGGGUAACACUGCUCAAGAAGUGGGGAAUAAAUUGGCAGAUUAUGAGGAAAAAGGAGCGGUGGAACAAGGUGAGGUAUUAAGUUUGGUUCCUGAAAGAGCUUUGCCACUACCAGACUUGGUCGAUUAUGAUGAAAAGGAUCUUAGAUUAAUUAAAGAUCUGGAAGCAGAAGUUGAAUCAUCAGGUUGGGCAAAAUUACAAGAUAAUAGAGUAAUAGUUCCAUUUAGAAUAUUAUGGAAACUGGUGAAAACAGAACAUGACAAGACCCAUUGGGGAACUGAAGCUUUGUAUAAUUCCCUUACGAAGCAAAUAGUGGCCAGGAAUUUGUUUCAAACUGUGAAAACCAUGGUUGAUAGAUGUGAGACAUGCUUAAAGAAUAAUCCAAAAGUAGAAAAUCAUGUAAAAUUUGGAAGUAUUGAUAAAGGGGAAGUUCCAGAUCAAAAUUGGCAGCAGGCUGCCCAGGGAGACGCGGAGAUGCUGGGAGGACCCGACCCGGAGCUGGCGGCCACCAUGGGCUUCUCCGGCUUCGGGAAGAAAGCUCGGACUUUCGACCUCGAAGCCAUGUUUGAGCAAACAAGAAGAACUGCAGUGGAGAGGAGCAGGAAGGUCUUGGAGGCUCGUGAAAGAGAGAAGGAAGACCAUGCUGAAAAAGAGUUUAGAAGUCUGUGCACUGAUUCAUCAGCUUCAGUAUCCAGUGCAAAAGGAGCCGGAUCCUCAUUAACCCAGAGAGAGGCAGCCUGUAGAGAAGGUGAAGACAGCUCAGAUGAAGAGUUAACUGGUCCUUCCAUGCAAUCCCAGACUUCUGCUCAGGGUCCAGCUGAGGAUACUGACGAUGAUGAUGAUGAAUUCAUUGGGCCACCACUUCCCCCUGGGUUCAAGGAUAGUGAUGACGAUAAUGACAAUGAUGAUACAGAGGAGGAAGAUAACAACCCUGUCAAGAAAAUUCCAGAUUCUCAUGAAAUUACACUCCAGCAUGGGACAAAAACAGUUUCUGCUUUGGGGUUGGAUCCUUCAGGUGCCCGUUUGAUAACUGGUGGAUAUGACUACGAUGUUAAAUUUUGGGAUUUUGCUGGAAUGGAUGCCUCUCUGCAAGCUUUUCGGUCACUCCAGCCUUGUGAAUGUCACCAAAUCAAAUCUUUGCAGUAUAGCAGCACAGGAGAUGUCAUUCUUGUUGUGUCCGGUAACUCUCAGGCAAAAGUUCUUGACAGAGAUGGCUUCCCAGUUAUGGAGUGCAUAAAAGGAGACCAAUACAUUGUGGAUAUGACAAACACAAAGGGUCACACAGCAAUGCUCAAUUCAGGCUGUUGGCAUCCAAAAAUAAAGGAAGAAUUUUUGACAUGUUCUAAUGAUGGAACUGUGAGGACAUGGGAUGUUAACAAUGAAAAAAAGCACAAAAGCGUAUUUAAACCACGAUCAGCUCAAGGUAAACGAGUGAUUCCUACAACUUGCACAUACAGCAGAGAUGGUAAACUUAUUGCAGCUGGCUGUCAAGAUGGCUCCAUCCAGAUCUGGGACAGGAAUAUGAGCGUACACACGAAGUUCCACUGCAAGCAAGCCCAUGCUCCAGGCACCGACACUUCAUGCUUGACGUUUUCCUAUGAUGGUACUGUCCUUGCCAGCCGGGGAGGAGAUGAUACUUUAAAGAUAUGGGAUAUUAGACAAUUUAAAAAGCCUCUUAAUUCAGCGGAAAGACUGCCCAGCUUCUUUCCAAUGACAGACUGUUGUUUCAGCCCAGAUGAUAAAAUACUCGUCACAGGCACCUCUGUUAAGAAAGGUGGUGGCAGUGGGAAGCUUUUUUUCUUUUACCGGGAGACAUUCCAGAAGUUGUAUGAGAUAGAAGUUACAGAUGCGAGUGUUGUGCGUUGCCUUUGGCAUCCCAAGCUGAACCAGAUCAUGGUUGGUACAGGAAAUGGUUUGGCCAAAGUGUACUAUGAUCCUGUCAAAAGCCAGAGGGGAGCGAAAUUAUGCGUGGUCAAAACAAAACGGAAGGAGAGACAAGCAGAGACUCUUACACAGGAUUACAUUAUAACACCCCAUGCGCUUCCGAUGUUCCGUGAACCACGACAGCGAAGCACCAGGAAACAGCUGGAGAAGGAUAGGCUGGACCCCAUGAAGUCUCACAAACCUGAACCUCCAGUAGCAGGGCCAGGUCGCGGUGGGCGUGUUGGAACUCAUGGAGGUACCUUGUCAUCAUAUAUAGUCAAGAAUAUUGCACUGGAUAAGACAGAUGAUAGCAACCCUCGAGAAGCUAUUUUACGUCAUGCAAAGGAAGCAGAGGAGAAUCCAUACUGGGUUGCUCCGGCAUAUGCUAAAACGCAGCCAAAAACAGUUUUUGCAGAAGUGGAACCAGAAGAUGAUGAAACCGACAAGCCAGAGUGGAAAAAACGUAAAAUUUGAAAAAUUUGGCUUAAAAAUAAUUUCAGAGCUUUUGAAACGAAGUGCAACAUUUAUUUCUUCAUUUCGGGUAGUGGAUCAAAAUUUGAAAGCACAAAUUACUUCAGUUCAUGAAACUUGCUGCAGUGUACAAAGGAAGUGCUGUAUUACACUGGAUUGUAAUCCCACAUCUGAAUUUUGUAAUAAGGAAUUCACAGAAUCCCUAAAGUUGGAAAAGACCUGUAAGAUCAUCAAGUCCAAUCAUUACAAAAAACCCCAAAAAACACCACACCACCACACAAACAAAAAAACCACAGCACACACCACCAUGCCCAUCAAGCCACGUCCCACAAUGCCACGUCCAUGUGCUCCUUGAAUACCUCCAGGGAGGGUGACUCCACUACCUCCCUGGGCAGCCUGUUCCAGUGUGUUACCACUCUCUCAGUAAAGAAAUUUUUCCUAAUAUCGAGUCUGAAUCUCCCCUGGCACAACUUGAGGCCAUUUCCUCUUGUCCUGUCACGCAUCACUUGGGAGAAGAGACCAACACCCACCUCUCUGCAACCCCCUUUCAGAUAGUUCACAGAAUGACAGAAUCACUAAGGUUGGA